UUCUCCGUAAGUCCCCUCUCUCCUCCUGAGCGCUCCGGCUGACACCGGCUCACUCACUCAACGCGCCUCAAACAUCGGACACGUUUUGGUUUUUUGACGGGCCGUGACAAAGUUCUGAUGAGAAAUUGGACGACAGCGUUGAAUAAUGACAGGUCCGAGCGACAGUAUGCAGAAACAGCCCAGGUUAUUGUCAGCGAGGCUGUUCCAGAAACACAGACAGGUAGAAGUAGUUCUUAGUCGCAGUGUUUUGGCGUGGAAGGAAACAGAGAAGAGCAAGAAACGGAGCGGCAGCACCUCUCAGACAGCACACAGCCAUGCUGUCCAGGUGUGUGAGAUAGUGGCUGUCCGCAAGAUGAAAGACGAUGACCAAGACAGCACUGACACCAGGAGGAGUGAUAAAAAGGAAAAGCAGCUCUCUCAGCUGUAUCCCCAUGCAUUCACAGUUUCCUACGUUACAAGGACAAGGCCACACCAGUGGCGGUGCAGUGAUGUCACAUUCCACUGUGCCAAUGAAGGACUUUGCCAGCAGUGGGUCCAAGUCCUCAAUGAAGAACUGUCAUUACUCACCAACCGACCGAAGAGCCUCCUGGUCUACAUCAAUCCCUACGGGGGAAAGCAGCGCGGGCAGCGUAUUUACGAGCAGAAGGUGGCUCCACUGUUUCACCGCGCCUGCAUCACAGCCGACGUGAUUGUUACAGAGCAGGCCAAUCAUGCCAGGGAUCACUUGAAGACAGAGGCCAAUCUCGAUAAGUAUGACGGGGUGGUGUGUGUGGGUGGAGAUGGGAUGUUCAGUGAGAUCCUACAUGGGUUGGUCACCAGGACCCAAAAUGACAACAAGGUAGACCAGGACCAGCCAGAUGCCGAGUUGGUGCCAUGUUCUCUCCGCAUAGGGAUCAUUCCUGCAGGGUCCACUGAUUGUAUCUGCUUUGCCACAGUGGGAACCAACGAUCCAGUUACUUCUGCUUUACACAUCAUUGUGGGUGAUUCCCAGCCGAUGGACGUCUGUUCAGUUUACCACAACGACAUAUUUCUCAGAUACUCUGUCUCGUUGCUUGGCUACGGUUUCUAUGGUGAUGUGCUGACAGACAGCGAGAGGAAGAGAUGGCUGGGUCCUGCUAGAUAUGACCUGUCAGGGGUAAAAACCUUCCUGAGCCACAACUACUAUGAAGGCACCAUCUCUUUCCUCCCAGCUGAGAACAACACAGGGACCCCCAGGGACAAGCUGCAGUGUCGAUCCGGGUGCUUCGUCUGUCAGCGCGAGCCCUCAUCAAAGGACAACAAGGAGUGGGAGAUGUCAGAAGACAACGAAAAGUCUGAUAAAGAUGGCAGCAGUGGUUGGAGCGUGAUCCGUGGGAAGUUUAUUGCCAUUAACGCGGCCAGUAUGAGCUGCGCGUGUCCACGAAGUCCAAAAGGCCUGUCGCCCUCCGCUCACCUCGCUGACGGCACCACGGACCUCAUCCUCGUCAGGAAAUGUUCCCGUCUGGACUUCUUCAGGCACCUUCUCCGACACAUCAACAAAGACGACCAGUUUGACCACUCAUUUGUAGAGGUUCACCGGGUAAGGAAGUUUCGUUUCCAGCCGCGGCAUCAUGAGCUGGUUUCACUCGAAGACCUGAGUGAGAGUCCAAAGAAGACAGACUUCAGGCCCAUAUGCUCCACCCAAUCGACCUGCAACUACACCGGCACCCACAGCAGCUGGACCUGCGACGGGGAGAUUCUGCCUCACGCUGCCAUUCAAGUCAGUGUCCAGUGCCAGUUGAUCCGGCUGUUUGCCCGCGGUAUCGAGGAGCAGCAGCAGUGUGUGUUUGAAGACCCUUGUACGCUAUGGGCCUCCGAGCCAAGCACGCCCUCGUCGGUGGACUGAGAGCUGGACAGGACAUUUAGUUGCUGGAAAACAAAAACGUUACACUUGGAAGGGUUUUCCUGGGGGGAAAAAAAACUAUACUUCACUUCAGUGUAAAUCCCAAACGCUGGCGUUUCACCUGUUGUCCUCAGUAUGCACAAGAAGUGAACUGAAACUUAAAGGCGUGGUUAAAAAACUCCAAAAAGAAGCUGAAAAGGCUUUCAUCACCAGCCAAUAAUAAAAGGGAGAAACUCAAAUCUAAAGAAAAGUUACAUUAAAUAUUUUUUUGUUACUCAA